AUGGGGUGCGUGAUAUGCAGAACUCGAGAGGCCGCGGUAGUCUCUCCUGGAAUACUCCAAGGGGGAUCAAAGGAAGAGGUGGCAUCUCGAAACAGUACAACCGUUGCGACCCGCCGUACAGACAGCAGGCUGGCAGAGAGCAUUGAUUCUGAGGAAGAAGGGCAAGCAAGUGGUCGGUCGCUACCAGUUUGGGCGCAGCAAGAUGAGGAAAAAAAUACUUGUGGAGCGGGCGCCGGGAAUUCGAUUUCCAGGUUUCCUCAUUGGCUCGAGGAGACUCACGACAGGCGCAAAUACAGAGAGGAAGGUACCGCAGGGGCUGUGGGCGGUUUUAUAGAAGAUUCUGUGUCUUCGACCUCCUUGAUUUCGCGAAUGACUUUUUCGGCGCUCCAAAAAGAAAUGAAACGAGUCUGCCCAGCUAUCAUUCCAGUUGCUGAUGACACGGAAAUGGAGUUUGAAGAUGACGACCCUUUCCUCCGCAUUGAGAGAUCGGCGUUCGGCUCGUCAAACCCUCAGGCUGUACAGGCUUCUGACCGUAACUCUCAUCAACGGCCGCUUGACUCUUCUGAAACUCUAGAUUCUCGUCAACUCGUUGCAUUUCGGGAAGAUGACGCCGCCAAGAUGACGGUGUCAACUAUAAGUUGUACAAAACGUCUCAGAGGCAUUUCCUCUCCAAUAAAUAUGGAGGCGUGGGCUAAUUUGGCAUUCGAUCCCCGCCUCCGCAACGAUGUUAACUGUUCAGAAGAAAUUCUUGGUUGUAAUUACACCAAGGAAUACUUGUAUAUGGUGGUAGACAAGGGUUCUAGAGGAAGAAAAACUGUAGACAUGGCAGGGCCUCGGUGGGGAUUCAAAACCAUGUGCAUAAGGACUUAA